CCCCACCCAGCAGACUGUCAACCAAUCACGUUCACGUUGUCAUGAUGCGUCACGCAAUCCCGUCUCAAAAUCAGUGUAGGUCGAGAAACGUGCCUAUUUUCCUCGAAAGUACGUAAUGGCACGAUCCCAACAUUUUAUACGAUACUACAGAUAGCAAGUAACUCUCACAUCUCGGAAAAUAUUUGUCAAGUUGACUGAAUUCGUGCUACUGUUGGGUUUUUGAGAGCGCUCCUUGUCCCAGAAUGCACCGCGCGGCUCAUUAACGUAGCAUGGGCAACGUUUCGCAUGACCUCAAAAGCAUAUCUGCCGUUGUGAACGUUAGACUCCACUCUGUAAGGCACAUCGAUCUGUAGGUUGAACAUGGUGAGGACACUGCUGUGAAUGUUGAGGACCAGAAUAAUAUGUCUGGAACUACAGAAUAACAUCAGGAACUACAGAUGGACCACCUUGGACAUCCUCUCUUUCCUCCGAGCCUGUCAGUGAGAGCUGAACCUGUGCCUCAAACGCUGGGACAUUCAGUCGGUUUAAGACUAGACGAGCAUCUGGGUGUGGCUCUGGAUGUUGAGGAGAUCCUGGAGUACUGGAGACUGGACCCUGUUUGCAGCCCUGGAGGUUCAAAGACAGGAGUUGGAGAUCCAAAGACAUUCCCAGCCGGUAACAAGACACCAGCAGCUAUGAUGGGGGAUGUUCCUGUGUUUACUCUAGCCUCACAAAUGGAUAUGUCCAAUGGAGGAGUAACAUGUGAGCCAUGUGAUGUUAAGAAAGUACCUACAGAGACCAAAUGCAGUGAAUUGAUCUCCCUUCACAUUAGAUCCAAAGAGAAGCAGCAGUCAGAGUCUAUUAAAAAGAGUGAAUUGGAUUUAUCUCAGUGUAAAAGUGAGAUUAUGUCUGAAUGUCCUGAGAUGAAAGUUGAAGAUCCUAUUUGGGCAUAUUAUUCUCAGAAUGAAUCCGGCAUGACUCCAGUUUUACACAAAACCAUCCCAGUCAAUAAAGAGUCCUUAAAUGCUACUGUAGCUGUCAAAACAGAAAAUGAGGUUGAUUCUGAAAUGAAAGUCGAGGAUCCUAUUUGGGCAUGUUCUUUUGCAGAACAGGAAAAAAGGGUGACUAGGUUUGAAAGGAAAACAUAUGCUGCACAUCUGAAAGAGGAACCUGUAGAUAUUGAGAUUGGAGGUACUGAGAGUCCAUUUAGCUCUGCUCUUGGUUCAUCCACCUCACAGGAAAACGCUGUUCAGCUGACUCUGACUAACAGAUGUGAUCAAGAUGGAAAUGGAGUCCUAUAUGCAGUGAAACCUGCUGAAGAACAAAGUGUGAAAAACUCUACAGAAACUCACUAUGUGAAACGGGAAAUGGUGGACAUCAAAAAUGAAGAUCCCAUAUGGGCUAAUUUUCACCUGAAUGAGGUAAGAAAGGAUUUGAAGCCAAAAUAUGAUCAUAUAGCAUCUCUGCUUCCAUCAAUUAUAGAAAACAACCAUCAGCCUCCAACCUUCAAGGAAAUGCUGUCAUUGAGGACUGAGAGUAGGCAACCCAUCUAUAUGGUCAAAGUGUUAGUACCCACAAUCACAGGAGGGCAGGAACACACUAUGACCUCUGACCCAAAAGGCUUUCCUCAGCCCAUUUCACACUGGCCCAGCAAAAAGCAAAGGUUGGAGAGCGAGCCUGGUGACCAAUCGCUGGCCUCUAACUCUACACAGGCAAAUAAAAACCAGAUAUCACACCAUAAGCCACAGCAGCAAGAUGGUACAUCUGGGUUUUAUACGUCUGCUCCGUCUCAUCAUACAGACAUUUCCCAGUCAGACCUGGGUUCUCAGUCAAAUGCGACAGAACCCUCAUUACCAAUGCGAGGUACAGGUAUAAAACAUCUGCAUCAAACAUCAAACACCUACAUCAAACAUCAACCAUCUACUGCAACAGAAAUGAUAAAUACCUGCCAACUAUGUGGUAAAUCCAUUGCUUCACAUAAACAGGACAAAGAUCUGGGGGAACUGCCAACAGAGGCUGUAAAAGGACAGGGAAAGACAGACAAAACUAAACCCUGGACAUGUUGUGUAUGUAAAGCAACAUUUAAAGGCCAAGGAAUGUGGGGGUUUCACAGACAAAAACACAUUAGUGGUUUAAAAUGCCCUGAGUGUGGAAAGUGUUUUAAAACAAAACAUAGCUUGGAUGUUCAUAUGAAGACACAUUCUAAGGAAAGGCCUUUCUCUUGUGAGGAGUGCGGCAAGACCUAUCGCACUCUCAGCCUUCGCAACGCACACAUUUACAGUUGUCACAAAACUCCUGACCAUGUCUGUCAGGAGUGUGGCAAGAGUUUUAGGCAAAGAGCCCACCUGGACAUUCACAUGAACAUACACACAGGAAACAGACCCUAUCAGUGCACAGCCUGUGAUGCUACCUUCAAGUCACCCUCAGCACUGUAUACGCACAAGACUAUUCACACAGGUGAGAAGCCCUUUGCCUGCCCUCAGUGUGGCAUGAGCUUCCGCCUCAAUGGCUUUCUCACUGUCCACCUGGCCACACACUCUACCACCAAAGGAACACUGCACAAUAAAUCAGGGAAAAGCCCAUCUAAGAGGGAGCAGUCAGACUCAGUCACCCUCUCUGACUCCACACCUCAAACCCCCACCUCUAGAGAGACCAGGAGUCAGAGGAAACUGAAGCAGGUGGAAAACUUAAGGUGACCUGAACACUAUCGUUCCUCUUUAGAAACUAUGAUCUGAUGAUCCAAGGAUGAAGCAUAUAUUCUUUUUUCAUCUGUAUAUUUUACAAAAUCUUUGUGCUUAGUAAAACCUAGUUUUAGGUUCAACCUAGUUAGUGUUUUGUUGAUUGCUGCAUCACAAUAAAUAAAAACAAACACGUUUUGUCCAAAUUAAACUAACUUUACAAUG